AGCUUUGCUAUCAAAAGUUGGAAGCAUUUAUAUUUAAAAAAACGAGUUUUGUGCAUUUAAGAACACAUAGGUAUCAUCAGCAAACGAAACAUAUUUGGGCAAAGAUGACCAAAGUGGACAUACCGAUGAAGAAUAAGGUUGAAGCGUCGGCCAAUUUCAUCCAAAAUGAAAAAGACGUAGAGGUCCAGGUGCGAGCUCCGAAAAGGGUGUUGCAUUUCAGCGAUGGAACAAUGGAGGAAUUCAGUGACGAUGAGAAGGACAAGGUGGAUGCUGCUGGAUCGGAGGGAGGAGUGAAAGAUGUCGAUGAGUCCAAAAUGAACUGGAGCGACUGGAUGUUGCACAAAACGUGCAGAUUGGGCAGCUCGGUUCUGGCAGGGUGCGAUUACGUUGGUGAAGGCCUAGCUUCGUUUCUCGGCAUCACUACACCCAAAUACAGUUUCGAAAUCGAAGAAUUCAAACGAAUGCAAGCGGAGCAAAAUGCGGAAGAUCAUGCGAUCAAGAAUUUUGUCGAGCAAAAUCGACCGACCAGUGGAGCCGGCGGAGCUGGUGAGCCAUCGGAGGAGAGCAGACCAACUGCAACGACGAUGGCGCUCACGACGACCAAUUCCGUUGAACAGAACGCGGUAGGCACGCGCGUUGGAAUUACCAAUGACAUUGAAAAAUACUAAUUUUAUAACUUAUUUUUAAUGCUGAGUAGAUUUAAUUUAAGACACCAAAUGAGCACACAUUUAAGUCAGUUGUAAUCAUUUAGUUAUAAGGAAACAGAAUGUAGAAAUUAUAUAUUUAUCGAAAAAUGAAUAUAUGAAGGACAGAGCAAUUUGCUGGCAAGCUGAGCAUGAUAUGUUUUUCAGAUGAAAUAUUGUAAAUUAUCUUUGAUAUGAGUAUAAUAAAGUUUUAUUGACUACUUAUGAAGCAU